AUGACAUCAAUAAAUACUAAUGUCGAUACUCGCUCGGUCAACGCUAUCCUGAUACUUUAUGGUCUUCCGUACGACCUUACGGCUUCUGUUUUGGCUCACGAAGCUACUCAUGCAUUCAUCAAGCUUCGCGAUGACUUUCCUGAUAGUAUUCCGCCUAAGAUUGAGGAAGGAAUAUGCCAGUUGAUGAGCUAUCUAUUCCUGAAGUACAAGCACAUGAUGGAGCGCAAAGAGUGCAAGAAACGCACCUACGAUGGUCGAUUGCGUAAGUAUUACAUGCAACAACUCAAGAACGAUUUAUCUCCUGUCUACGGUGAUGGUUUCCGAGAAGCUUAUGUGGCCUACAAACGAGUCAACUCGUUGCAAGAGAUGUUUGAUGCGAUUCGGCAUCACGCGUCAUUUCCAUGA